AAACCUGAUCUAUUCAAUAAUCCUUUGCUGUUGCCUGGCGGCUGUGCCGCAGGUGCGAGCAAAGCAUCUGCUCGAAUUUAUCGCCGAAAGUGCGAAUAAUGAAGUUGAAAAAGAAGUCGAAACAUUUGACUUUUCCUCCUGCCAAAUAUAUUGCUAUGGACCUCUGUUGCAUACGGUACAGAUGGCGAAGCUGUUUCCCGACUCGAAGACUUUUGUGGACAUGAAACUGAAGGCUUCGCCUGAGAAGACAAUGGAGUUAUUUGAGGCAUUUAUGGCUUCCACGAAUAAUGCACCCACCAACGAUCAGAUACGGAAAUUUGUUGAUGAUAAUUUUGGAGCAAAGGGCACCGAGCUGGAGGUGUGGACACCUACAGAUUGGGUUGAGCAUCCAGCGUUUUUGGAUCUUGUCAACGAUCCGGAUCUGAAGCAAUGGGGCGUCGAUCUAAACAACAUCUGGAAGGAGCUCGGGCGUAAGAUGAAGGACGAUGUGCACAAGAACCCGGAAUAUUACUCCAUCAUACCCGUGCCCAAUCCGGUCAUUGUGCCCGGCGGCCGCUUUAUCGAGUUCUACUACUGGGACUCUUACUGGAUCAUUCGAGGCCUGUUGUACAGCGAGAUGAGGGAUACGGCCCGCGGCAUGAUCGAGAAUUUCAUGUCGAUUGUACAGCGCAUUGGAUUCAUACCGAACGGCGGUCGCGUCUACUACGGGGGCCGCUCCCAGCCGCCGCUACUGGCGGGCAUGGUCAAGUCCUAUGUGGACUUCACCAAGGACGAUCGGUUCGCCAUCAAUGCGCUGGAUGUGCUGGAGCAUGAGUUCGAAUAUUUCAUCAACAAUCACAGUGUACAGGCCAAAGGCUAUAAUCUAGCUGUGUACAGGGACUCGUCGAAGGGACCCCGUCCCGAAUCCUACAGUGAGGACAUAGAGACAGCUGCCACAUUCAACACCGACGAGGAUAAGGAAAAUCACUAUAGUGAGCUGAAGUCGGCUGCCGAAUCGGGCAUGGACUUCAGCUCUCGCUGGUACAUCAACGAGAAGGGCACAAAUGUUGGAAAUCUCUCAGUAACGAAGACCCGUUCCAUUGUUCCAGUCGAUCUGAAUUCAUUUCUCUACUGGAACGCCAAAAUUAUUGCUGAAUUCCAUGCCAAGGCGGGCAACGUGGACAAGAUGACAGAGUAUGAGACCAAGGCGCAGAAGAUCAAGGAGGCUAUUCAGGCUGUCCUGUGGAACGAGGAGGCCGGCUGCUGGCUGGACUAUGAUUUGAUCAAUGAGAAGCCACGCGACUACUUCGUGACCUCCAAUCUAGCCCCGUUGUGGGUCAAGGCAUACAAUAUUUCCGACACCGACAAGAUAUCUGAGUCGGUGCUGAAUUAUAUUGAAAAGAACAAACUGGACACAUUCCCGGGCGGCAUACCAAACUCACUCUAUCAGACUGGCGAGCAGUGGGACUUCCCCAAUGUGUGGGCGCCUAUGCAGUAUAUUAUCAUCGAGGGUCUGGACAAUUUGGGCACUCCCGAUGCCAAGCAGCUGUCAAAGAGAUGGGGUCACCGCUGGGUGAAAUCCAAUUUUGCGGCAUAUCGCGAUUCGCGUGCCAUGUUCGAAAAGUACGAUGCGGAAAAGUUUGGCGGACAUGGCGGCGGUGGUGAAUACGGCGUGCAGAAGGGCUUUGGCUGGACCAAUGGCGUCAUCAUCGAGUGGCUGGCGAAAUACGGGCACGAGAUUUCGCUGAGCAACACGGGCGCUGCAGGUCCCAGCAGUCGAUUCCUCAGCUUAUUAGGCGUAACAGCUGUGGCGUUAAUAGGUGCCUUUGCCGGUCGUCUCAUCUGGUGAGAUUCAGAGACAACUUUGAUUGCCCUAUGAAAAUGUGAUUCCCUCCUUCCCAGCAUUUUAGUGUGCAUGUGUGCGUGCGUGUAUGUGUGUGUGUGAGCGUAUGUGUGUAUGUGUUUCCAAUUAGACAAAAAGCGUUUUCAGCUUGUGUGCGCAGAUUGCAGUAUUAGAUAUAAACAAUAUACAAUUGACAUAUUUGUUAGAGAUGUGAAGUGAGUUGUACAUACAGAAUUCUAUAAUAACAUCGGGCAUGCCCCACUUGUUGAGUUACCCUUAAUAUU